AUGUCCUUCCGCAGAUCCCAUAGAUCUCUCAUCGGAACGCACAAGUCUGAGAUCGGCACUGCAGAUGAUAUGGAAUUGGCUCCACCUCUGGCUAUCAGUGUAGAAACGAGCACUCUCAAGAGGGUCGACACCUAUACAAAAGAUACCAGUGAUACCAAGUGGGAUGGCAAGGCCUGA